UGACGAGGGAAAUCGAUAUAUUGAUUUUUCUGAAUAAAGCUCGCGUUCACACAUGCGAGCUCGCAUUCGCUCUUAACAAUAUGUUAAAGAUUUUUGCUUGGGAUAUUUCUCUGUUUCGCUGCUGCGGCGAAACAUUAAGGUUGAACAGUUGAUAAACGUGUAAGGCUACCGAUUUCUUUGUGAUGCCGCUGCCCCUUUCUGGCGCGACGUCGCGACGCGUCGGCUAGAUGCAACGGAAUUACGGCGGUGAAAACGAAAGAAUAGCUAAUUUUUUCGUUAGCUCCUCUUUUGUAAAAUCUGUAAGUAGGCGGAGUUAUAAGGACAUAAGGACCAUUUGCGAUAGUCCUUCUUUCUCAGUUUGGUGUUGGACUCUGUAGCGUGUACUUCGUUCUUCCAGUUCAAAAAUGAUGAACCCGUCAACAAGUAAUACGACAGGUCAAAGAAAACUAUGUCGACGUGGUGUGCAGCAGUCACAAACGUCAGGGCAACAGGAGUCAGGGCAGCAGCAAGAGCCAGGGCAGCAGCAAGAGUCAGAGCAGCAGCAAGAGUCAGGGCAACAGCAAGAAUUAGGACAGGAGUCAGAGCAAGCACAACAGCAGCAACAAUUACAAAAUCAGCAGUCUUCACAACAGUCACAGCAGCGCAUUAUAGAAAUACGCAAUCAAAUAAUGGCAUUAAGACGGGAACUUCAGCAGGAGCAGCAAAAUGCAGGAGGUCCUAAUUAUUAUCGUGGACGCGGUGGUGGUCAUAUUUAUAUUCGUGGUCGUGGUCGUGGUCGUGGUCGUGGUCGUGGUCGUGGUCGUGGUCGCGGUCGUGGUCGUGGUCGUGGUCGUGGCGACACAAUUAUCAUUUAUCAAAAGGAGGCUAGUUUUUAUUUUUGAACACUUAUUUUUAUGUAACAACACAUGUUUAUAAAAUUAAAAUUAUUAAAAUGUAACAAUUUAUAAA